AUGUCAAGCACAAGGCUAGAAUACCGUGAUCCCAAAGUACCAAAAGCGGUUUGCGUUUAUACGAUAGCACAAGAGUCGCGGUAUCUGAUAAUUGAGAAUGUCCCCAAUUUGGGUGUAAGCAAUGAGUUAGUGGAAAGAUUUCAGCAGUUUGGAGUCGUUGAGGAGCAUCGCAUAUUGGAUGAGCAUGCUUCGAGUUCGGAAUAUACAGAUGUCCACUGGAUAAAAUAUGAUACAAUCAAAGCAUCUCGGAUGGCAAAGCGCAAAUUGGAUGAUAAACCAUUCUUCACAAAUUUAUUACGUGUGGGUUAUGCACCUGAAUACGAAACAUUUGAUGAUACAAGAGCCAAGUUUCAAGAUCGACUCGAAUCAAUACACUCUAAAUUAGCGUCCAGUCAUUUUCCAUCUGGUAAAAAGAGAAAGUCGACAACAGCAUCUACUCAUCGCAAACAAGAAACACUAUAUAUUGGCCCUAUUCAGCAACCUAACAGACAAUUAGAACAAAGGCCAUCUACCAAUCAAACACCCAUUAAUAAUAAUAAACGCAGAAGGAUUUAA